AUGAGAUUCAUGCGUGUUCUUUUGAAGCACGAACGAGGCCAACUCCGCAAUUUGAUCUCUUGUCAGCUGUUGACCAACAUCAAGGCAUAUGGCCGACGCUCGAUUGAAGGCUCAGUGCCUCCUCUCAUGGACCUUAUAGUCAUAAUCGACAGGGGAAUGGCCUCCCGUGGGCGUCCUCAACCCGUCGCAGCCAUUCGCCAGGCUUACGAUGGCACCACUAAGAUCCGAAUCGCAUUCUUGAGGCUGGCUAUGGCGGAGAACUUGGUCAGUCGCCAGCCGUUCAAUUCGAUGACGAUUUGGGAAAUCAUCGAUAGUCGCCUGGAGCAUGUCUCCAGGCAGAGCAUUGCUUAUCAACGCACGUUUAGCGAACUUGUACUGAUCAAAGACCGGGAGCUCUUUGGGUCAUUACCCUUCAAGGACCUCCCACCCGAAACUGUGCGCCUCCCGACUGAUGAUGAUGUUGAAUCAUCCCUACGCAUUCGCUAG